UGCUCCCUGGCUGAAAGAAAGCUGGUUUUCUUGUCCAAGCCAGAGCCGUCUCCCGCAGAAGCAGAAGGAUGGCUCGUUCUAGGAUCGCCUGCCUGGUCUUCUUUGUGAUGUCAGGAGCCUUUGCCCCUGCUGUUCUCACAGCAGAGUAUCCCCAAGGCCCUGUUCCUACCUUGUGGAACGACCCAGGGGAGCUGCCGUCGGGAGUGGGCCCCUUCGAAAGCACCACCCACACCCAUGCCUCUGAUGCCACAGACCUCCCCCUCUAUACCUCAGAGUAUGAGCCAGAGGACACUACCCAUCUGCACCGGCUGGAUGAUGGGACUGGGUCCUUGGGCCCCGGAGCCAUUGCUGCCAUCGUGAUCGCCGCCCUGCUGGGCACCUCGGUGGUCCUGGCUUUGAUCGUCAUCACGCUGCGAAAAUUCUCCGCUUCCUGAAUGAAAUAAAAAAGGU